ACUUACGGUGUUCAUCGAUUCCAAAUGACCUUUUGAAGGCAUAUUAUGAAAAAUGGUAUUGUUUUGUUUCACGGACUUCUAAUUUCAUCCUAAAUUGUCGUCCCUAUACUGAUAUGGUUCCAGAUGUAACGCCACCUGUCAACCUACUGUCGGCCUAUGAACUAGAUUUGUACGAAAGGCAUUUAUUCCCACACCCUACAAUCACUGGAGUCAAAAGUCCUUUUGAUGCAUACCAAACAUACAUCAAUAUGAGUGAGCAACCAAAAUCAGGACUUCGAAGGAAGAACUUACGUCCAUACCUAAAUCUAGGCUCCAGACGAUCAGCAAAGGUACAUAAAAGGACAUCUAAUCAAGAUGACACGGAACAGCUGAGCACAAGGAAUUCAAAAGUUUCGGCUGUACAGUUUUCUCCAGUGCGAACUUCUGACCCAGUGAUUUCUGUCUAUCGUCUUCUCAUCCGGCCGGCAAUCCUGGAAAUGAAAGAAGGUGGUAUAACGGCACGCCUGCGAUACAUAAUUCAGCUGCAUAAAAGGAUAACAGGAUACUAUCGACUGAUAAUUGAGGUUCGCUUGAGUCCAGAAUUUCCUCCAAUAUUUGUCGGCUUUCUUUCGCUUGAGUGGAUUACCGUAGACUUACGGUGUUCAUCGAUUCCAAAUGACCUUUUGAAGGCAUAUUAUGAAAAAUGGUAUUGUUUUGUUUCACGGACUUCUAAUUUCAUCCUAAAUUGUCGUCCCUAUACUGAUAUGGUUCCAGAUGUAACGCCACCUGUCAACCUACUGUCGGCCUAUGAACUAGAUUUGUACGAAAGGCAUUUAUUCCCACACCCUACAAUCACUGGAGUCAAAAGUCCUUUUGAUGCAUACCAAACAUACAUCAAUAUGAGUGAGCAACCAAAAUCAGGACUUCGAAGGAAGAACUUACGUCCAUACCUAAAUCUAGGCUCCAGACGAUCAGCAAAGGUACAUAAAAGGACAUCUAAUCAAGAUGACACGGAACAGCUGAGCACAAGGAAUUCAAAAGUUUCGGCUGUACAGUUUUCUCCAGUGCGAACUUCUGACCCAGUGAUUUCUGUCUAUCGUCUUCUCAUCCGGCCGGCAAUCCUGGAAAUGAAAGAAGGUGGUAUAACGGCACGCCUGCGAUACAUAAUUCAGCUGCAUAAAAGGAUAACAGGAUACUAUCGACUGAUAAUUGAGGUUCGCUUGAGUCCAGAAUUUCCUCCAAUAUUUGUCG